AUGGCUGAUCCCAUGAUUUCACAAUCAAACCAAUCACAGGCCAACAUUGCAGCUCCCACGACGCCACGUGGUCAUAAUCGUCUAAAUCUUGAGAACCUCACUCCAUCACCGUCAUCAUCAGGGCAUGUCAAUAGGCUGAUUAAUUCUAAUCAUUAUAUUUCCCCUUCGAGACCAAUUUACUCCGAUAGGUUUAUUCCCUGCAGAUCCAGCUCAAAUUUCGCUCUUUUCAACAUCUCCUUACCGCCGCCCUCGGCGACGGCGGGGAGUUCGCCGGGGGACGGUGGGAAGGAGGACAAUCCUAGUGCGUAUGCGGCGUUGCUUAGGAAUGCACUAUUUGGGCCCCAGACUCCGGAUAAGAAAGACUGGGGGGCAGGGGCGGGGGGACGGAAUAUUUUCCGGUACAGGACGGAGACUCGGCAGUCACUGCACUCGCUUUCCCCUUUCGGGUUUGAUUAUUUGAGUGGUCCUGGUGUUAGUAAUGUUGCUAUUAAGACUCCUAGGAAGGUUUCUAGAUCACCUUAUAAGGUAUUGGAUGCCCCUUCAUUGCAAGAUGAUUUUUAUUUGAAUUUGGUGGAUUGGUCGUCACAUAAUGUGUUGGCAGUGGGGUUAGGUACUUGUGUAUAUUUAUGGAAUGCUUGUAGUAGCAAGGUGACAAAAUUGUGUGAUUUGGGGAAUGAUGAUGGUGUAUGUUCAGUAGGAUGGGCUCAUCGCGGUACACACCUUGCUGUUGGAACUAGCAAUGGGAAAGUUCAGAUCUGGGAUGCUUCACGCUGUAAAAGGAUCAGAACCAUGGAGGGCCAUCGAAUGCGUGUCGGGGCAUUGGCCUGGAGUUCAUCUAUGCUGUCUUCUGGUAGCCGGGAUAAGAGCAUUCUUCAACGAGAUAUACGAGCGCAGGAAGAUUUCGUUAGUAAACUCUCUGGACACAAGUCAGAGGUUUGUGGACUGAAGUGGUCUUAUGAUAACCGUGAGUUGGCAUCAGGCGGAAAUGAUAAUCGACUUUUUGUUUGGAAUCAACAUUCAACCCAGCCUGUUCUAAAAUACUGUGAGCAUACAGCGGCUGUAAAAGCAAUUGCUUGGUCACCCCAUCUUCAUGGACUUCUAGCAUCUGGGGGUGGGACUGCUGACCGGUGUAUACGGUUCUGGAAUACAACCACUAAUUCACAUCUAAGCUGCAUGGACACCGGUAGUCAGGUGUGCAAUCUUGUGUGGUCUAAGAAUGUCAAUGAACUUGUCAGCACACAUGGAUACUCCCAAAACCAAAUAAUAGUAUGGAGAUAUCCCACCAUGUCAAAGUUGGCAACCCUGACAGGUCAUACAUACAGAGUUCUUUAUCUUGCCAUCUCACCAGACGGACAGACAAUUGUCACCGGAGCUGGAGAUGAGACGCUGCGGUUUUGGAAUGUGUUCCCUUUUCCAAAAUCUCAGAACACUGACAGUGAAAUUGGAGCAUCAUCUCUCGGUAGAACUACAAUUCGGUGA